GCCUCGAGCUAGAGACCUCACACCUCAGCCCAAGCAACACCUGCUCUUUCUUUCAAGUUCAGAGCUUUCAGAUCCAUGGCGAUCAGGGGAGUGCCGUCGGCGAGGGAGAUGACGGUGGAGGACUUCAAGUUGUGGCUGAAGCAGUUCGACGUGGACGGGGACGGGCGGAUCAGCAGGGGGGAGCUCCGGGAGGCACUCCGGCGCCGCGGGGGAUGGUUCACCACCAUCAAGGCCGACCGCGCCGUGCGCCGCGCCGACAAGGACAACAACGGCUUCGUCGACAACGCCGAGGUCGAGAACCUCAUCGCCUUCGCGCAGAAAGACCUCGGCAUGAAGAUCUCCACAUGAUAGAGGGUAGCUAUGUAUGGCUCUUUCUAGCUUAGCUCCGGCGGCCAUGGAGGAGCUUUAUCCGGCCUGUGCUCGGUCUAAACUCUAAAUGAAUGAAAACCAGUAGCACUCUAGUAAUUUACGUACUAGCUCGGUCAAAAAAAAAUGUCUCAACUUUGAGUAAAUUUGAAUGCAUCUAUACACCAAGUCAUGUCUACAUACAUCCAAAUUUUGACAAACUCGAGACAUCUUUUAUUGGACGGAGAGGAAGUACCUAGCUUUGUACGCUAGCCUUCGACUUGGCAUGGCAUGGCAUCUUGUCCUGAAUAAUACCGUUUGUGUGAGAAUUAAGGUUUUGCUACUAUGCAAUAAAUCUCAACUAUAUAUGCAU